CUUUCUUCAUUCCUCGGCGAACGGUCGUACAAAGCGCGAAGAACGACUGGCGCAUUUCGACUGUAUCGCGAUCGUAUCGCGAGUUGUAAGUAGUACUGUUACUUUGUGAAAUACAUUGUAGGUACUUUGCCCUAGUGUUUGAUGUGCUUGUUGACGUUUUUCAUUUUAUAAACUGUGACCGAUUCUUCGGAUUACCAUAGUUGGUGAGGUUUUGUGACUUUGGUGGCAUGUAAGGGUACCUACCUAUAUUUGGAUAAUCUCUAGAUUGGAUUUUGCUUAUUGAAAAGAUUCGCAUGGGUGAUGGGCCCUUACCAAUUUGUGACAUGUUAACACAUAUGUUGCACUCCUAUGGCAGCUUUGGUUAGCCAUGCAAUGCAUCGAUUUCCUACGUCGCCUCCAGAUGCCGUACACUCAUCAUACGGUUUAAGGAGUGAAAGCAGCUCUCGGCGCGGCGGUGACGUUUCUAAUCGAUCAUCAUCAGGCAGCACCGGAGCCUUGUCGCGCUCCAUGCGGUACGCAGAGCCGUGGCUUUACGGCAGCGUGAGCACUUCUGGAGGCCUCCUGUUAGCCCCUGCUUUAGUGCUGUGCCAAUGUUCCGAUUACGUAACAGGUAGUAGGCGAUCCUCAUCGAAAAAAUCGCCUCAUUUGUGCAAAAAGUGCAAAGGUACACGAUUGCCUCUAACUUCUACCGAUUCGAAGUUUGGAACGGUACGAUGUUAUCCGACAUCGCAGCAGAUCGCUUCCAGUGCCCCUCUAAGGGCCGGGACGGUUCGUGUUACUUCAUCAUCCCGGCCAUCUAUUCUGCCCACAGCAGACCCCUACGAUCUGAUGAGAAGAUCAAGGCUAUCGGUUCCAGAAACAACUUCGACUGUUUCCCCUUUUCGUGACACUACAAAAUCUCCUACAAAAAAUAGCAGAGAUAAUACAAAACCGAACAACAGUGGGAGCAAAGGAAAAAGUACAAAACAGAAUACUUCAUACAAUUCGACUUUCGGGCGUCGCUCGAUUUUAGAAUGCGAUGUUAAUCCAUACGAGUUAAUGUGCAAUGAAAGUGCAGCAAAAUCCAAGGAAGCAAAAGUUCCAAAACAUAAAAAUGUUACUUUAGUGAAUGGGCAGCGCAUAAGGUUGCGAUCAGAUGUGGACCAUCAGGACUAUGAAGACGUCCAAGUUCCUAAAAAUGGCAAACUGCCCAACAAAGCGAUUUCGCAGUUCUCAGUUGCGCAAUUGUCCGAGGAUAAUUCAUCAGGAGUUCGAUUGUUAUCAACGCCCGCAAAGCCUGACAAGGAUUCGGACUCCGCAUAUAAUACCCUCAAUUCAAGUCGUUUCAAGUCAAUAUUGAAAAAAAGAGGAUCGAACUACAACGGCGAUUCAUCUCCAUAUUCGGAUGUGGAGGAAGCAGUAAGCCCUACUUCGACCCGAAAAACAGGCACCAAAUUUUAUGUUCCCGUACCAAUGCCGUUAACUCCUCGGAAAAAGGUUCAGUUUUUGGACGCUGGUUUUACUGACGGAAGUGAAGAAGAAGCUCUGGAUGUGGGUAAAGACGAACCAUUCGAAUUAAUCGAAAAUAUAACUGAGUCGGUUGAACCGAAACUCAAACAUGAAGAAACAGAAACACACACAAUCGAUAAAGAUGAAACUACUGAUGAAGUCUUCGAAGAUGCAUUAGAAGAAAUUGAUACGAAUAUUGAGCCACCAACUGCAAAGAAAGCCCCAGAAGUAAAACGAACACCAAAAGUCUAUCGAAGUAACAGCGAUUGUAUCAAUGGCGGCCAGGAGAGCGUGGAAUUUUACGACACAAUGGCUCUACGAACACGAAAACGAAGUGACUCGAGGUUAGUGUUCUCUGAACAUGCUUUGGCAAAGUUGGACGGAAUAACUACCAGAACUCGCAAGAUUAGUCCACUGAAGCUACGGCCGACUAGAGCGCCACCACCACCGCCCAUAACCGCAGAUCAACAACCAAAAGAGCGUAAUAACGCAAAAACUACUAUCGAAGAUAAACUGCCAGCUGAAGAUCGGAAGUCAGAAGACAACUGUACAGUUGACCAAAAACCAGAUAAUGACUCCGGUAAAAAGGAGUUAGAAAAAUCGACUGUUGCUGAAGCAGCCGCUCAAGCUCACAAAAUAUCUGUUAACAGUAAUGUAAACAAACCUGAGGAUGUAGCAAAAGAGAUGUCACCUCCAAGUGCACCACCACGAAAACGCAGCAGCAGCAAGCAGGCUGGAGUGAAAAUCGUGAAUCUAGCUGAAGCUGCUCCAUCCGUCAAAAUUGAGUCUCCAAAACCAGACAAAGCAAAUAAAACCAUAGUGCAAAUUUGUUCGCCAGUUACGGAUCAUAAAAUAAAAAUUAAAAAUGAUUAUGCAGAUUUUGCCAAUGUGAAUGGGGGACAAAUAAUCUCGAUUUUUGAAAACCCUCAAAGAAAAACCUCUAUAAUGAUUAAUGGCGACGACUGUUAUUCCACAGUAAUUAAUGAUAACGUGCCUCUGUAUCAGUCAUCUGUGGUUGUCAAUGAUGAAUCGAAUCCUGUUCAGGUCACAACCAAACAUAACAGCAGUACGAUUUACAUAACAGGGUCUUUCAGUCCUCAUCCUGCUAUUGGAGAAACACCCAAAGAAACAUCGUUCAGACGUGCGAGUUCCAAUGACGCAAAUGAGAUGGUGACAUCCUUCAAUACAACUACUGAGAUUGAAACCCUCGAGAUUGGAAUCGCUAAACACGAAGACAAACCAACCUUGCGACUCGCCUUAGAUUCAUCUUCAUCUUCCGAGCUGCUGAAAGAACUUCUUCGGGAUCCCGUUGAAGCAGUUCGCCACAAUCUAGUCCCCCAUGUCUGUGGAAAAUCAGAUGUGGCUAGGCGACAAAGAGAUAACAAAUUUCCCAAGCACAUCUUGCCCCUCGGUAAAACCGAGUCUCUUCUCGAGUCUCCUUUAGAAGAAUCAAAUCUUCCCAUUUCCCUAGAAGACUCUUUUCUAAGACUAAGAAACUACGAAUCUGUGCGAGACGAAAUAGGUUUAGAAGAUGGUGACUUUAGCCAGUACGAACCUAUGGAUCAAGGCUCAGAAUGCUAUACGGACCAUAGUAAUAGAAGCUCAGUCACUGAAGAGGAGUUGGCAAAUCGCACCAAAUUUUAUGAACUAUUAGCGGAAGGCGAUAAUAUCGAAGUAUCUGAAAGUGAUGAUCAUCACUACGAAAGUAUCAAAGUUAACAAUGAUCCCAUUUAUGAAGAAAUUGAGAUGCCUCCUCCACUACCAGCUAACCCUCCUCCGUCCUUGAUACUGGACGAUUUGAAUUUGGACAAAGAGUUUACAACCAGGUCAAUCUUCGAAGGAGCAUCCAAAUAUGACAUCCUCAGUUACUUAGUAGACGCGAAAGAACGCGGCAUAGCUCAAGAAGAGGGCUACACAUACAACUUUCAUUCCAAUGGAAACAACGAAGAUGAAGCCAAAGAAUCGUAUAAUAGAGCAUCUCACAUGAGCACCGUCAGUGACUCGAGUGAAGAUAAUUCUUUGAUAAUAUCAGGUGCCCUAAUUGACGAAAAAGCAACAUUCCAAAAACCUGCAGAAGUCGAAAGAAAUGACUCCGGAGUGGGAUCAGAAACGAGCAAGUCGAGUUUGAGCAAAUACCGAAGCAAACCGGAAAUAUUUGCAUCUUGUGAAGACUGUGAUUCCACGUUGGACUCCAAAACUGAAAACGAUCCUCUUUUGUGUAGGAAAUGCGUCAAAAAGCGAUCGGAACGCAAGGAAAUCAUCACGGAAAUUGUCGAAACUGAAGAAAAAUAUAGCAGAGACUUGCAGAUUAUUCUUGAAGAGUUCUAUCAGCCUAUGCUGGUGGCUGGCCUGUUAACUGCCGAUCAGCUAUCAGCCAUCUUCUUAAAUGUGGAGGAACUAUUAGAGAAUAGUCAGGCAUUGGCUGAAAGACUGCGAGAUGCGGUAGAAAUCGCUUUGGAGCAAGGCGAUGACGACCUCCUGACUGUAAAUAUCGGUAAACUGUUCCUUGAAGCAGCUCCAAUGCUUCACGCUUUUGAAACUUACUGUGUUCGCCAAGGUACCGCCAGUCUACUUUUAGCCGGUCUUGAAAAGGAAAAAGAACUGUUGCGAAUCUUCCUGAGGGUAUCGCAAAUGGAAAAUACCAUGCUGAGAAGGAUGAAUUUGAACUCGUUUUUGAUGGUUCCGGUCCAGCGGGUGACCAAGUAUCCUUUGCUAUUGGCGCGAUUGUUUAAAGUCACUCCGACCCAUCAUGAAACGAGGGAGCAACUUAAGGAGGCUCAACACAAAAUCGAACUUCACUUAAACCACAUGAACUCGGAAACGAAGGACGUACCAAGCAAAUUAUGGAGGAGAAUAGGUAGCAGUUCGGGUAGAAGACCAAGUACCGAAAUGGAUCUAGUAAACAUCAAGUUGCGAAAAAUUGCUGUAGAUGUGUUAGACUGGAACCAUGAAGAAGCUCGCUUUGUGCUUGAAGGAAAACUACUGUUCACUCAACCAACAGACAAUAAUUGGAGAAAAGGACGCACCAUCAAACUUACCCCCGUCAAUGCCUUGUUGGUGAUAAAUGGCAAGACGCCCCUAAACAAGCCAUCUACAGAGAAGACGGACGAAAAUGGUUUGAUGUUUUCCAUGAAGCAAUCCGGAGUGCGAGAAGCUGCUCUCUUACUAGUUCGAGAUAAGAACGGGCGUUACUCGCUGCUCAGAGAGCCGCUGUAUCUGGAUCGUUGCGUAAUUGCAGCGGAUCCCGCCUGGCAAAGUUACUUUGAGGUUCAGGAAUUGCUAAACAGGGACACUUUUAUUUUCAAGGCUGAAGAUGAAGAUCAAACGCAAGUAUGGUACAGGAAGCUGCAAUAUCAUGCACAAGGGAUGGGGCCAUGGAGGAAACGUCGAAACGCCCUUGCUAAUAUCAUGAUAAAUGGAAUGGGGCUUCGUUCGUAGUACUAAUCUUCAUGCAAAUCUGUUUGGAAAUUAAUGCGCAGCGAUGGAGGCAAUUUGACAUGCCAGUAAUUGCCCAUUCAAAUUUUGUACGAAAUAUUAGCGAUUAUUUUAAAAUAUGCAUUAAGUUUAAACUUAGGAGAAAUUUAAUUCCUACUAAUACGAGUAUUAACAUUUCGAGAACGUAGUUCUGCUGUCUAGAAACAACAACGAAAAAUCUUAACUCUGUUAGUCAUAUUACGUAACCCAGUAGUAUCCUUUUAUAUAUGAUUUAGGGCGCUUUUAGCGAAAUGUACAGACAACUUUGAUAAACGAGGUUUUAAAAAUAAUAAUCAUUAGCUGUGAUAUUUUGGUUUGGUAAAGGCUAAUUACAUAUUUAAACGACAACAAUAUUGUGUACGUAGUUGUAAUUUUCCAUAUUUAACUUACUUAAUGUAUUGUCUGUUUAAACGAAGUUGUAAUAAAGAUAAUCAAUGCUG